AUGAAUAAAAUGGAAGGGAACCCGAUUACGCAAUCAUUAAACUUAUAUUACAACCUUCGCGUAGUUUUGAAACCGCUCAGCCGAUUUCAAUGCCAUAUCGAUGUCAAGCAACUUCAUGGCGGUUUAACUGAUAAUGAUCAGACGGAUCAUCAAAUUGCUUGUCCUUCUAUUGCUGUUAAUCGUCAUCAACAUGGAAAUGAAUUGGAAUACGGCGCAAUCUCAAAAACUUUUCAUAUCGAAUAUCAAAAAGAGAAAAUUGAAUUGCACGAUGGCUUCCAAUUUUCUAUGGACAUAUUAUUACCUAAUGAUAAAUCUAUGGAAUGGAUUAGGACAACAUCAUUUUCAUUACAGCUAUCGCUUUGCUAUUAUGAAAAAGAUGAUAAACCUACCAGCUGGUCUGAUCUGACAUCGAUUGUAUCCUAUAAUUUAAAGCUUCAGUUAUCAUCAUGUGGCCAGCUACACUAUGCGAGACCAAUAGUGUUUGAUUAUUUGCAUUUAUCGGCUGUUGAAAUGGUAAUACAUUCGAUGUUAGUGGGUAUCUAUCAACCAACCAUAACCAAUAAAGUCAUCAAGUACGGUUUAUUUAACAAGCGGUCAACAUCAAUAACAAUAACUGAAGAUUGUAACAAUCAGCAUUUGAAUCUGCAACACGUUUUCUUUCCUUAUAAGACAUCCCAUCCAGCUAGUAAGAAAGAUCUUGACAAAGCAAUUCAUAUAUAUAAAUAUUGGUAUUGUCAUCUCGUAAAAUGUACGAACCAAAUAAACUCCUGGAUACAAGAUUUAUAUAAAACAUUACACAGUAAUCGUCAACAAACUUUAUCUACAUCUACAGAUGUAGGGGAUGAAAAGCAAUCGCAUGGGUUAACUGAUGAGGAAGUCAAACAAAUACAAGCGUUCAACAUUGAAACAAUUUCAGAACAACUUUCCGAUAAUAUCAAGAUAUUAAAUGACAAGUUAUCGCAGCUGUGGACUAGUUUAUUAGAGGUUGUUACUAAUAGCCCUAUCUUACAAUCAAUCCUGUUAGAGAAGCAUCAUAAACAAAGGGUAUGUCGCAUACUUGAAACUCUUUUUACGACUAAAAGUCGUAGGGAUUUGUUAGGCUGUUAUCACGCUAGCAAGGACGAAAGCAAAUCACGCAUUUUGCGUUAUAUUUAUUCCACCAGUUAUCUGAAAACUUUACCAAAUUUACCCGUCCACUGUAGAGAAAAUGAUGGCGAAUAUGACAACAUACCAACAUUGUUUGAAGAUAUUGUAUGUAAUGGCUUUGAAAGAACGAACGCCAGCAACAAUGAGUUAGAAAGCUCUAAUUCAGUUAAUGGUCAUUCCAAUCAUAUAAACGAAUCACAAUCAGCUCCGGAUAGGUAUAAGCAGAAUGGUUCAGCAUCUUCCAGUCAAUCCGAACAUAGCCUUAAUACCGAUAGUUACGCGUUAUGUCAGCCACUAAUUCGUAAGGCUAUUUAUAAUAGUAUGCAACCAAGACCAGGCACUGUUGAUAUUCAUUUAUCGGCAGAAGAGAAAGACAUGAUAUCGGUAUUAGAUAGAAUUGGUAGAACGGAUGGAACUUCUCUCUCACCAACAAAAGCAAGUCAACGUAUCAUAUCUGAGGUGGCUAAUAGCGAUCAAGAUGAUUUCGAUUUACAUCCCGAUAAUCAGUCACCAACUGCGAGCACUGUGUCUACAUCAUCGUCGGCUGUAAAGUUGUCGACUUCUGAUCGUGGCUAUCGGAAUGAUAGCACUAGUAGCAAACCGCAUACACUGAGUAAUACGUCAAUGGAUGACGUUGCAUUGGUUUUCGAUGAUUCGAUAGAUGUCUUUGAUUCCAAUGAAAAAUUAUUGAACGCUACCGAGCCGGAAGUGGGAAGCGUGAACAAGUUUGAAUCAGCCCCUUUCUUCGCUUUUGAUCCUAAUUCGGCUAAUUCUGGGGGGACACACUUAGUUAUUUGUGUUCAUGGCUUAGAAGGACAUAAAACUGACUUAAGGAACUUUAGAAUAUACUUAGAGUGUGCAUUACCGGAUCAUAACUUUGUUUUUCUGAUGUCAUCUGUAAAUGAGGAUAACACCUUCGAUAGCAUGGAGGUUAUGACCGAAAAUCUUAUUGCCGAAAUAUCGAGCUUUAUCAAGAGAGAAUACAUUGAACCUACUCGUAUAAGUUUUAUAGGCCACAGUUUAGGUACACUUCUUGUUCGUUCAGCACUAGGACAUUCACAUAUGGCACAAUACCUGGAUAAAUUGUAUACAUUCGUAUCCUUAUCUGGACCACAUUUGGGCACAUUGUAUCAUCCCAGUACUAUCGUUAAUACAGGAAUGUGGUUUAUGCAAAGAUGGAAGAAAUCGACGUCAUUAUUACAGCUAUCAUUAUCCGACCAUAGCGAUCCAAGGAAAACAUUCUUAUAUCAGUUAAACAAAUCUGCAGGACUGACUCACUUCAAGAAUAUACUAUUGGUUAGUUCGGAGCAAGAUCGUUAUGUUUCUUAUCAUUCUGCUCGUAUUGAGCAUUGUAAGCUGUCAAUAAAAGAUAACUCAGAUCAAGGUGCUGUAUAUACUGAGAUGCUGGAAAGCUUACUGGAACCCUUAAAGAAAUCAAAUACGAAUGUUAUCCGCUAUAAUAUCUUUCAUAAUUGUGAGAGUUCAUUAAAUAGUUUCAUAGGAAGAGCUGCUCAUAUCGCUAUGUUAGACUCAGAAUUAUUUACGGAAAGAUUUUUGUUCGGUUAUGCCUUGAAGUAUUUUCGUUAG